UGCUGGAGACCCCAAGCGGGCCGCCUCAGGAACGUGUCCUUGGUGUCAGCGGGAGCAGCAGGCCACCUCCUGGGGCUGACACUGGCCGAGAGGUUCCGUGGGCGAUGAGUGCUUUUCCUGUUGGCCGGUGCCGCCUCUGGGCAAUGCAGGGACCCUUGAUGACAGCUCCUGACCCCUUCCAAAGCCGCCUGGCCCUCCUUGAACCCGACGAGAGCAGGUUGCCGGGCCUUCCCUGAGGAAUGUGUUCCUGGCAGGUGGGGACAGCCCCUCCCCCAGGGUGUUGGGUACAGGAUCCUGGGGUGCCUCAGGACACGGUCAGGCCCACUGAACCCCCACACUCCUGGGCCACCUGCCCGCUGGCUGUCCUCUGUGACCCUGUCUCCCCUGAGCCAAGGUGCCCGGCCUGGUCCCCCGGGAAGAACAGUGAGGAGGUCUGGCUCUCCCUGCCAUGGGGGCCUCGGGGGCCUGGACGGGGACGGUGUCCUCCCUCCCCAGGCUGCCCAGCGCCCUCGCUCAGGGAGUGCUCUCCUAGCGGCCUGUUCGGCAGACGGGCACAGUCACGACAGCAGCCAGACCCUGUCCCGGCCCAUGCACCCACCUGGACAGAUCGGCGCCCUCCUAGACUUACUGGCUCCAUUGAGGGUCCCAAAGGGGCUGCCCCAGAGCACCCUGGGGUCUCCAGACCCCUCGGCCCACAGCAGCUACCAGCAGCCCAGGCAGGACCCAGGGGCUUCCGGGCACAGAGGCGCCGCUCCCUGGCUUGUGAGCCUGGGGCCUCUCCAGCCGUCCCCUGUCGGGGGGGCCUCCACUCCUGCUCUGGAUCAAGGUCCUGCCCUCAGGGAGAGCUGGUGCCUUCGGGGGACCGGGCCCUGGUUGCAGUUGGAGAGUGCAUCCAGGGAUGGUGCUCUUCUUGGCUGCCGCCCUGCCUCCCAGGGGCCUCCCCAGACACCCGGCUGCUGUCAGCUGGGGCUGGGGGGUCCUCUGGCCUAGGGGUCAUCCCAGUUUGGGAGUGCCCUUCCCUGGACACUGUGUCCAAGAAGGAUACAUGCUCGCCCUUUGUUGGGGGCCAGGCACAGGGUGAGGGGACACUCGGCCCCACCACCCCUGUCUCCGGGAGCCCUGGCUGGGUACGGUGCCUCUUCUGAGAGAUCCUGCCCGGGACUGGUGCCGCCUGCCUCCCGCACAGUUGGGGACCCUGGCCGGGCACCUCCUGCCAGCCCCCUGCUUCUGUCCUAGCCUCAGCCGGGCCCUGCAAGCUGUCCAUGUGCCUGUGACACCCGGUCCCUCUGCGGAUGUUUGCAAACACCCCUGCCCCCACAGUGAUGUCUGGGGGCCUCUCUGGGCCUUUGUGUGCCGAGUUGAGGGUGGGUGGUGGUGGGGGGGUCUUUCCAUAGUUGCCUACUUCCUGUCCUCCUCGGCCCCAGGUCCAGGGGUGCCCUGCCUGCUCAGUUUCCAGCCUGAGCCCUUCCUUGAGCUGGCCCAGUCCCCUAAGCUUCUGCAGCAGGUUCCCAGAUCCACCCGAGGGACUCCUGGCCAGUGUUCCCAGUGGUGUCUGAGUGCUAGACUCAGUCCCUGGCCAUAGAUUUCGGGGAACCCCGCUCUGAGGGGCCAUUGCUUCUGUUUCCUCUCCAGGUCCCCUCCCAGUUGCCUCGGAGAGCGAGGAUGGGGCUGUCGGGAGGCAGAAGGGAGGGUUGGGGUGCAGAGGUGUGGCUUAGGGGAGGGAAAGUCAACUGGGCUACCGCCCCUCCCUGCCCUCCCUGGACUCAGUCCAGACAUAACCUGCGGGUUGGAGGCCUGUGCACCCUUUAUCUCCUAGUAGCCUGGCAGGUCCUCCUGGGUCUUCCUCAGUGUGGCUGGGUCCCCAGACCAUAGGCCCCAGCAGGGUAGGGGCCCGUGCUCUGCUCUUGUUUUUGCUCCUACUUGCCCGCCCUUCCCGGGGAGGCCGCUGGCCACGACCAUGCCAAUCUCUUUCCCUGCUGCCUGCCUGCCUGGGUGGCCUCCAGCUCACCGCCCUGUGAGGCCUGUGGCCUCCCGCCAGGGCUGUCCUCAGGGGCCUGGAUCCCCCUAGUUUAUCUACCGCCCUUGCUGCCCCACAUGUGUCCCUGCAGCCUGGGGAUGAUCCGGAGGGUUGGGGGAUCGGUGCCCUUGGUUCACCCAGCCCAGCCCUAGGGCGGUUACCCCGGUGGCCCUGCCAGGCAUGGGGCUUGGGAGAGGAUACGAUGGAGCCGGCACAGGGAGGGGGCAGGAGACUCUGGGUGACUCGGGGCAGGAGGGGGUGCCCCAGAGGUUCAGAAUCCUGGGCACACAGUGGGCUGAGCGGACAAGUCGCAGCCUCAGGGGGACCUCCCGUCCUCCCCACUGGCACUGGAUCUUUCUGGGCCUGGCUCUGCUGCCUCCCACCCCCAUUCAGCUGGUGGCUUCUAGAUGCUUCCAGAGUGUGCUUGGCCCCUUUGCCUCUAUGCCAUUGGGCCCAGGGGGAGCAGUAGAGUGGCUGGGGCUGGGGGUGGGACUUCCCCUUUCUGUGUCUUGCUUGCCCCGUGUCUCUCAGUGAGUGGCCGCCCUGAGCCUGGGGCCAGCAGCCCAGCCCCAGUGAGAAAUAAAAGUAGCCAUCCUGCCUGA